UUCGGCUCGAAAUGUCUAUUUAGUUGUUACAGACAUAUAUGGCGUCGCGCUCGUAUUUUGAAAAUAUGCGCAUUCCAAAUUUAAAUAAAUUAAUUAGUAUUGAGUAAUAACGGUAUUAAAGUAAAUAUUCCAAAUUCAAAACAAACGGCCAAUGUGAUGUGAAAUAUUUAGUUUUGAAUAAAGUGGGUAUAAAUUAAUAAAGUUCUUAGAAAGUGUAUGAAAUGUGUAUAAUUAAGUAACUAGUUUGUGUUACCGUUUUGGUGCGAUAUUUCCAAGAAACGUCUGUAUUAAGUUGGUUAAAAAUUAGUUUAUUACUUACGCCUACUGACAUCUCUCGUCACGUCGCGUCGCGUCGGUACGCCAUGCGCCUUCUAAUCCGUAAAAUUGCUUUGUCUUUCGACUGAAGUAACAAAUCACUAGUCUUUUGUUUUAAUACUAAACAAUUAAAAAUAUGAAAAAAAAAUCAUAUAUCGUAAAUCCACGUAGCCGUUAUAGUUAAGUCAGAAAUAGUAUCGCACCUUAGUACUAAAUGGCGUUGUAAAUAUGAAAAUAAGCGUGACAUGAUGUCGAAAGGACAGAAGAGCAAUAUUGCAAUUUCCAUAAAAAGCAUCUAAAAAGUAGUGAAAGCAACAACGAAAAAGUUGAUAAGACUAUUAGUGAUAAGUGUAUAAGAUGACGUCAUUAGGCAUCCCCACUGAGGCACCUGUGCACACUAUAUUGUAUACAUCUGCGUAUACGCAGAAGACUAUUAAAGCGGUAUUGACGAAGAAAACAACACGCAGUUGGAUCGAGAGCACAUUUCAGAAGAGGGAGUGCAAAUUCUUCGUAGCAAGCGCGAAGGACGAGCAUGUGUGCUGGUGUGGUCUAAGCAGAGCGGCUCACGGCGCAAAUGUGGCAGUGGCAGCGGCGGGAGAGGCGUGGGUGCCAGCAAGGCACACCCAGGCGGCACCCACCGACGCGUACGGCACUGUCGAAUUCCAAGGCGGGCCACACCCCACGAAAGCACAGUAUGUCCGUCUUUCUCACGACACCCGUCCCGAGCUGAUAGUCCAACUGCUGACAAGAGAGUGGGCCCUAGACAGGCCGAAACUCCUAAUCACAAUCCAGGGUGGAAAAGCCAACUUCGAUCUAAAACCUAAAUUGAAGAAGGUUUUGAGGAAAGGCCUUUUGAAAGCUGCAAAGACCACUGGUGCUUGGAUUUUCACUGGAGGAACUAACACGGGUGUAACACGACAAGUGGGUGACGCACUCCAGCUAGAGAGAUCGCAACGAGCUGGCAGAGUUGUAAGCAUCGGUAUAGCACCAUGGGGCAUUGUGGAAGGAGCCAACGAGCUUAUUGGAAAAGGAAGGGAUGUGCCCUACCACGCAAUAGCUUCACCAAGAUCAAAAUUAGCUGUGCUUAACAACAGACACGCAUAUUUCCUAUUAGUAGACAACGGGUCCGUCGGUCGAUAUGGAGCGGAGAUUGUUCUUCGAAGAAAACUUGAGAAGUACAUUGCGGCGCAAAAACUACAUCCAUAUACCCACUCGUCUACUCCUGUAGUGUGUUUGGUGAUCGAAGGCGGUACAAAUACAGUGCGAGCUGUGCUGGAGUAUGUGACAGACAACCCUCCCGUCCCGGUGGUGGUGUGUGACGGUAGCGGGAGAGCGGCUGACCUCAUUGCGUUUGUACACAAGUAUGCAUCGGAGAGUGGAGAGCAGACCGUGCUAGAGUCGAUGCGAGAUUUCGUCAUAGGUACUAUACAGAAAACUUUCGAGGUCGGACUGCAGCAAGCGGAGUGCCUGUACAGCGAGUUAUUGCAAUGCACGCGGAAAAAGAACUUGAUCACGGUGUUCAGAAUACAAGAGCGGGCAGAAGGCGGCGAGGUCCAAGAGUUGGACCAAGUAAUCCUCACAGCGUUAUUCAGAGCCCAACACCUCUCACCAAGCGAGCAGCUGUCCCUUGCUCUCACAUGGAACCGUGUUGACAUCGCCAGAUCCGAGAUCUUCGUGUAUGGACAAGAAUGGCCACCAGGUGCACUCGACGAAGCAAUGAUGCAAGCUCUAGAACACGACCGAAUAGACUUUGUCAAACUGCUUCUAGAAAAUGGGGUAUCUAUGAGAAAGUUUCUCACCAUACCUCGACUGGAAGAGCUGUAUAACACCAAGAGUGGACCCAGUAAUACCUUGAGGUAUAUCCUGAGAGAUGUUAGACCACAUCUGCCUAGGGGAUAUGUGUACACACUCCAUGAUAUCGGCUUGGUGAUCAAUAAGCUCAUGGGUGGAGCCUAUAGGUGUUACUACACUCGCCGCAAGUUCCGUCCGAUCUACGCUAAAGUCAUGAACAAAAGCGUCAACGUACACCGCAAUAGCGCGUCAUUCACGCGCCACAACGCUGGCGGCCUCUCGCUCAUCACCGGGUUUAUGCCGGUCACUACCGAGAUGGCGCUUUUCGACUAUCCGUUCAACGAGUUACUGAUGUGGGCAGUUCUGACAAAAAGACACCAAAUGGCCUUAUUGAUGUGGACACAUGGCGAGGAAGCGCUGGCUAAAUCAUUAGUCGCGUGCAAAUUGUACAAAGCCAUGGCACAUGAGGCUGCUGAAGAUGACAUGGAAACAGAGGUCUACGAGGAGCUGAGACAUUAUGGGAAAGAAUUUGAAAAUAAAGCCUUGGAAUUAUUGGAUUAUUGCUAUCGCCAAGACGACGAUCAAGCUCAACAACUUCUGACUUGUGAACUUCAAAAUUGGUCUGGGCAGACAUGUCUGAGUUUGGCUGUAGCAGCGAACCAUCGGGCGUUACUAGCUCACCCGUGCUCGCAAAUUAUACUCGCCGACCUCUGGAUGGGCGGUCUCAGGACCAGAAAGAAUACAAAUCUGAAGGUAAUUCUGAGCCUGCUGUGUCCACUCUACAUUCUCCAACUGGAGUUCAAGUCGAAGGAAGAGCUGCAGCUGAUGCCCCAGACAGAGGAAGAGCAUCUUGAAAACGAGAGCAUGGAGGACGAUAGAAGCACCAAGGACCCCAACGACGUCGAGGUGGGCGUUGUGAAAAGGCGCACGCUUUCUAUCAAGAAGAUAAUUCCUCCAGGGCAACAGAGUAAAACACCGAAGGCGUUGAUUGGCUCAGGGGCCGAAUGCGAAACUCGUGUCGAUCAGAAUGGGAAAGUUGGUAAAAUAGGAUGGGAGCCAUCGUACAGAGAGUUGCCGGAAUAUCACGCGCCUGAGGACAAGCGGAUGAGACCCCUGCGGCUCAGGAAGAAAAUUUACGAGUUCUUUACGGCGCCGAUUACCAAAUUCUGGGCUGAUUCUAUUGCCUAUAUAUUGUUCCUAUUGAUGUUUACAUAUACAGUAUUAGUCAAGAUGGCCCCGACGCCGUCCUGGCCGGAGAUAUAUUCCAUAUGUUAUAUAUUAACGUUCUUAUGUGAGAAAAUAAGAGAAAUCAUUACGUCCGAACCAGUUGCUAUUAGACAUAAGUUCAGUGUGUGGGCCUGGAAUAUGUGGAACACGUAUGAUGCCGGUUUUAUUAUUUUUUUUCUGGUCGGCCUCACCCUUAGGCUAAGGGCCGGCUCUAUGGACGUCGGUAGAGUCAUAUACUGCGUCGAUAUCAUAUACUGGUACUUAAGAAUAUUGAAUAUAUUGGGAGUUAAUAAGUACUUAGGUCCUCUAGUCACAAUGAUGGGUAAGAUGGUUAAAAAUAUGAUAUACUUCGUGGUGCUAUUAUUAGUGGUGCUUAUGUCGUUCGGUGUGGCGCGACAGGCCAUACUCUAUCCAGAUAAGGACGCUAGCUGGUAUCUCAUUAGAGAGGUAUUCUUCCAGCCGUACUUCAUGUUGUACGGCGAAGUGUUCGCCCCGGACAUCGAUCCCGAGUGCGGCCUGGACAUCAGCGAUAGGAAGUGCGUCACGGGCCGGUGGAUCACACCCAUCGCUAUGACGAUAUACCUGCUCGUCGCCAACAUAUUGCUCAUAAACCUACUCAUUGCCGUAUUUAAUAAUAUAUUUAACGAAGUCAAUGAAAUCUCGCAUCAGGUGUGGAUGUUCCAACGGUUCACUGUGGUGAUGGAGUACGAGCAGAAGCCAGUACUUCCGCCACCAUUAAUCAUCUUCUGCCACAUAUACGCCACCUGCAAAUGGGUUACGAGGAAUGUUUCUCACAAACGCUUCCAGUACGACAAUGGACUGAAGCUGUUCCUCGAGAAGGAGGAUAUGGAACGGCUCUACGACUUCGAGGAAGAAUGCGUUGAGGGAUACUUUAGGGAACAAGAAGUAAAACUAUCUAAUUCUAUAGAAGAAAGAGUAAGAAAUACAACUGAUAAGGUAGAACAUAUCACGACUAAAAUGGAAGACUUAAAUCAGAAAGCUAAUUGCCAAAUACAAUCAAUACAGAGUGUAGAAUUUAGGUUAAGAAAACUAGAAGAUACGGCGGAGCAGACUAUGAAUCACUUAGCUGUCAUACAUCGAUUCAUGGCAACUCACCCAUCGCUUGUAAAUAGAGGCUCCACAGACACCCUGGGACCACCACCACCGACUUUCUCGUCUGGAGGCUGCAGGCUUAGAACCGCUAGCGACAGAUCCGAGGUGCUGUCCGAUAGCGACACGGGCGCGGCCCGCUUCGCCGUCCGGCCCGUACAAGAGGAGGACGAGCACGACUCCCAGCCCUCCGACGACGAACUUGCGCAUUCAGGCCCUGAAGUCGGGCCGGAAAAGGAACCAGAAGCCGACUCGGCCUCUUCGUCCUCAGGCGGCAGUGUGGCGGGUCCAGACGUGACUGUAAUCAGACCUCAACCACCUAUCACGCCCGCGAGGCAACGAUCUUCCGAUAGCAAUAGGACAGAGCCAAGUGACGAGAAGAAAGUGCCAUCAUCAACCGACGACGCCUUCCUACCUGAAGUACGCGAGAUGCCUUCAGAUCUUCAAAGCCUGCGUCCUCGCACCACCUCAGCUGGCACUCGACGUACUGCCAACACAAGACGGAGACGGUUGUGGAAACAGCGUUCAGAGGGCGGCAACGACUGCGGCAUGGGUGGCCAUCACUCAGCCCAGCACUUGGCGCCGCGCAGACAGCACAGUCAGACCCAUUCGGAACCCGACAACUCGGCCGUCGACGCCGGAUCCGUACAUAACUCUGUCACUGGCCGUCAGUGCGGGUGGGAAGCGACAGGUGGCGCGGCGGGCGUCCCGUCCGGCCGGGCGCGGGUUGGGGCGCCUCCCAGGUCGCUGCUGCUGGCCAUGCACGAGUACACCAGCAUCACGGAUGAACUGGAGACCGUGUAUGGAUUGUUCUCGCCGCCGCACACGCCAAGAACACCGAUCACGUCCCGUCUAUUGUCGCCGGCGAGAGCGGCCUCGCCUUCCGUACGGAGGCGCCACGCCAGCGAAAUGUCGAACCCAGAGUUCGCACUCUUCAUGGAGAAGGAGCAUCUACGAGGUGCUGAGGAAGACGACUACAUCAUCAUGGAGAACCUCAUACAGAGACGUAGCCUAGAAAUGGGGUCUGUCUUGGGCAGAUAUGAGGAAGAGGCCGGGGAGGGUGGGGAGGGGGGCAGCGGGGAGCCUGGGGGCAUCAGCAUCAGCGUCUGCCUCAACACCAGUGCGGAGGAGCAGACGUCGAGUCAGCCGCAGCAAACCACCAGCCUGCUCACUGUCGGCGACAGACGAUUGCCACACCAGAGGCAUUCUCUGCGGAGGUCGUCAGCUAUCGACAGCCGCGAGCUGCCUUCGCCGCUGCAGCCGCUGCUGGGAGACGACUCCUGCGGCGAGGUGCUGCUACCUGUGCCUAGGCAACCGUCUGGUGACACGAACGCAUCGAGCGACUUAUCACUGUCGCACAUGGUAAGCGAGAACCUUCCACCUCGACCCUCCAUAGUACUGGACUCGUCCCAGCUGCCGCGUCAGAGGUCCGCCGAGCAACCUCAGCAGCCGCAACCACCCGCCCCCUCGCGGCCGGAAACCAUGUGCUAAAGAGCUUAGUAACAUCAACAUCAUCGAUUCACAAAUACAAUUCCCACGAAGAAUAUCCAUAAUCCAAAUUCUUAAUACCCACUCAGCGGAACUGUGGAGCUAUAGUCAUAAUAAUGUUAUUAUAUUGUCAUAUCAGCCGUUAACUGUCCACUGCUGAGCAUAUCCUCCUCUUAAGGGGGGGUUUUGCCAAUAGUUGCCACGUUUGGCAAGCGGGUUGGCAACCGCAGUUUUGCGUUUGGUGAUGUUUUAAGAGGGACGCUGCUGCCAAUCUCUCGAUCAUAAACUCCCUUAGUCGCCUCUUAUGACUCCUACGGAAACGGAAGGGGUGGUCUAUUCUAUGCCGGAACCUACACGACUAAUAAUGUAAUAACACCAAAUACGUUAAUGUUAUAUCGUUUUGAGGCACGUCUUCCCGUUACCGUUGAGACGGCCAUUUUGGAUCCCACUUUUCGGUGUUGAACCUUUCUAGACGACGAGUUUGUUAGCCCUAUACUGUCCUCUGUGUGAUCUAUUAGUAGACUGAAUUGAAUACGAUUCUAAAAUAACCAUAUCGAAAUUUCAAUUUCAAACUAUCGCUAAGUGUGAAUUAACUUCGUCGAUGGGAAAGACUAGACUUGUCCCCUGUUUAAAAUCUAAUUUUGCUUCAACAUCUUGUAUUGUUCGUUAUAUAAAUAAACGGUCUUUCUCAUUGAUUAUCGCUGUACAUACGCUAAAUGUCGAACUAUUUAAAUUGUAACUUCUGUAGAUGCAUGAUUUAUUAUCAUGUAAAAUUUCAUAUUUAUCAAAACAAUAUCAAAUCAUAGAGAUUAUUUAAUUAAUAGUUAAAUAGAUAUAUAAACUGUAAAGAUGUAAUAGAUACAAUUGAUAUCUCACACCAGGGCCGUAGCUAGACCCAUUUUUAAAUUAGGGCCAAAGAACUUUUUGAUAGGGCAGAAGCCAUAAUGUGACUUCGAAAAGGCGAAUCUGCCGAAUUUUCUUCGGGCCUUUCAUUUUAAGGCAGGGCAUUGGGCCUUCUAAGGUAGGGCAUUGCCCCUCAAUGCCCCUCCCCCUAGCUACGGCCAUGUCUUACACAAAACAGAAAAACAUUCAUUGUUAUCUCUUUCUGUAUUGAAUUCAAAUGGCAAACCUUAUUAAUAUACAAACACAACAAAAUGAACAGUUUAUAAAAAGUACAAGAAACGCAUAUUGAAAUUAUAUUAAUAUCGGGGUGAACGCCACAAAAGAAAAAAAAAAUUAUAUUAAACAUUCUCUUACUGUGAAAAGGUCAAAAACAUGAAGUCAAUUUAUUCUCAUAAUAUUUCAUUUAAAUGAAUACAUUAUGAGACUUCAACUACUUUUGUUGUUUAAGAAAAAUUGUGUUCUUGAAAGCGAAACAUUAAUUUGAUAUUCAAUAGAAAUGGAAUAUAUCAUACUCGUGUCAUGUCUAAAUAAAUUAGAACAACAUAUUGCAGAAGUAUCAAUUGUAUCUACAUAUAUGAAGCACCGAAGAUAGUGUACAGAGUUUAAGAUUUCAGACGUUAAGAACUAGGGAAUGACAUACGACAAUACAAGUAUUAGUGCUCACGUUGUAAAUACAUUGUUGUCUGAGAGUUAAACAGUGAUAAAAUAUAAAAUCGGAACUGAGGUUUAUAAUAAUGUAUUUAUAAUAAUAGAAUACGGUAGACUACAGUUUGUAUUAUCUCAUAUAAGCAAUCGUUCGAUUCUGGAAAUGGAAAUUAAAUGUUUACUAAAUGAGUUUUGCUUAUUGACAGUAAUUAUUUUAAGCUUUCGAACGUCUACGUAAUGAAUUAAUUUUUGUUAAAUUCCGCCAUUAUUGCUUAAUGAUAUUACGUAUUUUACAUCAGGAGUACGUUUUGCAAAAUAAAUCUAUUGAAACUUGAAAGUAGGCAAAACGUCAAGCUAUCAAUGUAAUACAAUGGCGGAUCUUAAUGUAAUCUUAGUGUAAUGGCGGACUUUAAUGUAACGUUAGUGCAAUGGCGGAAUUAUGCAAAUUACCACUGAUUCAACGGAUUGUAAACCUAAUUGACUUUUGCAAUCAAGAUCAUUAAUAGUAAAUGUUAAACAUAUCAAUCAUAAUUAUUUUUUGUGCAAAUUUUUAACUACUUAAAUAUAGAUUAACGUUUAAAUGGACGACCAAUUUUUAAUUACUAAUAUAUAUUAGUUAUUUGUUUUGGACCAAUAGAUAUCAAUUGCCAGAAGUUAAUGUUUCGCAAAUAAAGGAAUUGGAAUUAUAUUAAAAGCUUCUAUGAGAUAGUUACCUGGUCUAGAUACACAUAAUAAUAAUAUAUUAUAUAUACAUAUAUAUAUAUAUAUAUAUAUAUAUAUAUAUAUAUAUAUAUAUAUAUAUAGGUAAUUUUUCAGUUUUUCUUUCAACAGUAGAUUUUUAUAUUUAUUAAUCUUUAAAUAAAAAAUAGAUUAGUUACUAAAGUGUUAAAUAAAAGUUACCCUUCAAUGAUACUGGAUAGCUAUUUAGCCUCUUUAAUACUUCGCUCCUCCUAUAUAAAUUGAUAACAAUGAAAAAUCACAAAUUUUACGGGAAAUCUGGACGUUGCGAUUCUAAAUAGUGGGACUCUUAAUUUUACACCAAGUUAUUAAAAAUUAAAAUUAAAAAAUAUAUUCCGACAAAGUUCCAUAUCACUCCUCACCAUGUCAAAUUUAAAGCUAUCGACUGACUUAAGAUUUUAUUUAUAGUAACAUUCAGAAUGAAAAAAGCACAAAGGUAUCAGUUUGUUCGUUCUGCACUCAAUUUACGAAUUGUGCUAAUGUUCGCCCACAUGUAAUAUUAUAUUCAAAAUUGAAAAAUGGUUUAUUAAUUAUUGUAUAUAAUAUUUAAAAAUUAUGAAUAUUAUAUACAAAUAUAUGUAAAAAAUAUAAUCUAUCUAUUAUAUACACACCUUACAUCUACGUGCUACAUGUAUUUAUUAAAUAUUAUUUUAUGUAACAGUUCAGAAGUGUUUUUAAACAGAAAAAACAAAAUUGGUUAUUACUGUUUUCAAUUAAAUUCUUAUUAUAAAAUAUAUAAUACUUAAAAUGUGAGUACACAAUAAAAGAUAAAUGUGUAUGUAUAGAGUUAUCUUUUAUUUUGUAUGUGUAUUUAUUUGUGUUAAAUGUAUGUUUUAUGUUCAAAUGACGCAGGUCAGUCGCCAGCUUUAUACUGUAUCACAGAGAACUAUAAGUACCGAGAUUAACCGUAAUUUAUCGAUGAAAACAAUUCGAAUACAAACGGCGAUCUCGUUGUGUUCAUUUGUACCAAAUAUUUAAUGCAAAGUUUUAACAUUUAAUUUUAUUUGCAGUACAAUAAAACGGUAUCAUCUUUGUAUAUAAUUGUAAAGUGGUAAAUCAAUGAAGUAACAUGUAUAUUUAUUACAUAGAUGACUUUUUUAAUAAUUUAAUAAUGGUAUAGUGUAAUUAAAUGAACGCAAUAAGUUAUUUUAAUUUAUAGUUAAGACUCACAUGCUACCCCAUAUUAUAAUCAUGGUUGCUCCAUUGAAUGCAUGCAUGUAUGUUUUGAAAAAGCAAUAAAAUUAACUGUGAAUUAUCGAAGAUUAAUAAAAUAAAUAAACAAAGUCAAUCAGAUACAUUUUUAAUGUUUAGUAAAUAAUAAAACAGCUAAUGCACUUUGUCUAGUGUCAGAUAAAUUUAUUACGAAAAACAAGGAAUGUAUUAUUUUAUUUACACAAUUGAAGAAAAUAAAAAUCAUCGGUUACAUUUGUCAUUAUUAAGAGGCAGUUGACAUUCAGUAGAAUGAUAUAUAACUCGCCCUUAAGGCAAUAAAAAUCCAGUUAACGCAGUCGCUUUUUCCAAAUACCUACUAACUUUUUAGUAGCUUCUAGAAAAUUAAAUAGUACGAAGUUCUUUCAGUUUAUUGCCGUACGAAGUGUAAGGAAAAUAAAUUAGGUACUAUAAGGGUGUUCGCACACGAGUCGCAGCGUGGGCGUAAUAGUAAAGAAUGCACGAAGUAUGCUAAUCUCGUACCAUAUUGUGCAUUCUGCACUGUUAUAUUAAGGAAUUGAAUUUUAUAUUAAAUUCCCCCCCCCCCUUCAAGUUACCGAUAUACUUCUUACAAAUUUUAAAAAUAGAAUUAUAAGAUCGUACAGAUAAUUACAUUGUAAGAUUACAUUUUUACUUUGUGUAAGACCUACGCUACGAGUCGUGUGUAAAUGCAUCUGAAAUUCUUGUUUGCAAUUCGUUUUUAAACUAUAUGUUACCUUUAAAAGCUAUAUAUUAUAUUCCUUUAGUGUUUACCUAUAAUUUAAUACGGUCAAAAGAAAAUAAUGAAAUUUGUUAUUUUUUACUCAAUAUUAAUCAUUUAUUAUCUUUUAAUGAUUACAAUCUUUAAAACUAUAUUCGUUUUAGUACAGCAAGAAAUUCCAUUUAUUUGUAUUAUUUUUUUUAUAAAUUUUAAGUUAUGCUUAAUUUCAAGGUCUGUUAUUUACUAACAUAAUCAAGUUAACGACUGCUGCUUACCUUUAGUAUUCAGCAUUAUUACAUAUAAAAAUGUAUUAGGUACUUUUUCAUGUAAACAUAUUUACGUUUUAUACAUAUCAAAAGAAAAAUUUUAUUUUUCACGUUAAGUUUUAUCCGAGACAAUGUGAAUAACAUCUACUUAGUAUUACAUAUAAAAUACAAUGGUUUUUUUUAUCGCAGAUAUAAUUACUUCUGAAUUCGAUUAAGUACAAUACAGAACUCAUUAAUUGUAAAAAAAAUCGCUCGAAAUAAAUUUCAAUCCAAGCAUUAUUAUCGACAUUAGCGAAUAAUGAAAUUGUAAAUAAUUUGUAAAUGACAAACGUUAUUUUUUACCAAAACGAAAUGUUCGACAGAGUCAUGAGGAACGCCUCGCAAGCCUCCGCUUCACAGAGCACGACCUCGUGGUUAUUUUUAAUCAAAUCUCUCAAUUCAUCUUUAUCUUUUAGCACAAUACUUAAAUUAUAAUUAUUAAAACGAUCGUCCUUAUUGGGAGUUCUAAGCUUGUCACAAAUGGUGUAGAUAACAUUAGUUUUUAGUAUCUGCAGCAAUCGGCAACGGAUCUUACGUUGGCCAUUGAACAAUACCAGCGUAUGAUCCGUUAUUUCAAAAUUUGAUUAAUACACAAAAAACAGAUGAGAUGUAUCAGAGAUGAACGACGAUAAGCACUGAAAAGAUAAAAAAAUAAAAUUUUACUCUCAUUUCUAAUCAACUGAUGAUGUUUCUAAAAAUAUUCCAGAUAUGAAGUUUAAUUUUUCCAUAAGUUCCAUUCCAUCUAUACUUUUUUUUUUUAAUUAGCUCAAAAAAAUUCUAUUUAAUUUAAUUGGGAAUUUAAUUUUCUUACAAUUGUUCUACGUCAAAUACGCUAGUAUCUAAAAACUGUACUUAAAAGUCUUAGGUGAGAAUUCUAAAUUCAUUUACAGAUCAUUACAAUGAUACAGAUUUAUCAUUGCAUAUUUUUUUUAAUUGACAUAAUACCGGUAUCGGUUGAUAUAACGUGCAGAUACUUGACGGUGAAACAUAAUCUACACUGUGUGUGGUGACCUUUACUCUAUAUUUGAAUCAUCAAUUUUUCAGAGUGAUAGUUCUACUUCGUCUGUGUUAUGUAAACAUAUGUACAAUAAUACAAUAAAUAUAUUUGUGAUAUUAAA